AUGAAUGGGACAACAUCUGAGUUAAAAGGCGUAAAUUACCUUAUCUAUGCUAUUAUACAAUCGUUGGUGGCAGUACUAAGUGUUGUUACCAAUGGAUUGCUACUUGUUGUACUUUAUAAAAACCCGAACAAGUCAUUUCGAAAACCCUUUUCUGUUCUUAUUAUCGCUUUGGUGGCAACGGAUUUUCUCAAGGGUCUUCUGGCUGAUUCGAUAUCUGCUUGGAUCAAUUAUCAAUAUGCUUUUGGAAGAAGCACUUGGCUUGUAGAUGACUGGAACUUCUACACAGUCUUGGAUUAUGCUCUGGAUAACGCUGCUACUCUUCUGGUCAUUCUAUUUGCAGCAGAUCGUCUCGUCGCUCUGGUGUUUUCUCUUUAUUACCGAAGUUCUGUGACUGCAAGAAAGACCUCAGCAGCAGUAGCAAUUGUCUGGGUUUAUUCACUUGCAUUUAGCGGUGUUCAGUUUGCAGGAAUGGAGGACACCAAAUACGAUUUGCUAGAUGUUUUCCUUCACAUCGUCAUUCCCAUGAUAACAAUGUUCAUUAUUCACACCACUAUGUAUUGCUUUUUGAAGAAAAAAAGAAAAGUUGAAAACGCCGCCUACGCCAAUAGCAACCAAGAAACGCCAAGGUGGAUCCAAAAAAACUUGACGAUCGAAAGAAACUUUCGUUUCGUAGCAAUUUUCAUAACUCUUACUCUAACUAUUUCACAACUUCCAUAUUUAAGUCUUGUUUUGUUGAAAUGGAAAUGCCAAGAAUGUCUUGAGUCAGAAUGGCUUGAAGAAUACGAACUGUUCGCAGAAUUUACUCUUUGUAUAACGUCAGUUAUCAACCCUAUGUUGUACUGUUGGAGAGUAAAACAGUACAGGCGUUCACUCAAAGCACUAGUUACAUGUAAAAAUAAAGGCAACGACCAUGAUUCAAGUGUUCUUGACAGUGGUCCUGUGAUAAAUACUAUAAACAGGAUGGAACUGGUAACUAUCCACCAUGAAUGAUAUGUGUGCUUGAAAUCUUAAAGAUUUGUACGAAAUAAACAUGUAUGUGCUGUCCACGGCCAUGUUUUUUUGUGUUUCCUGACUGGCGUUCGAGGACACUUUACCGUUCAUUUCACCCCGAGGGGUUAGAUGACCCUUAGACCUUAAUAGUUUUUCUCUUAAUUUGAACGGAAGAUCAUCAUGACAAUCACCCAACAUGUUCAGAUGUAGUAAAAAAGACAACCAGAAGAAUAUAAGAAUUUUAAUAUACAUGCAUGAAUGAAAAUGGCACAAGUACAAUGUUUCUAUUUGAACGAAGAAGCGAAGUGAGGCGAAACUCCUGCUUUGAAUAUUUAGGGUGAUAAUGUAUAAUGUCUUCAAUUACAAACGGCCAAAUAAAAAUCAAACUAAAAAUAAAGUUAAGCAGUAGUUGACAUUGAACUAAAUGAUUGAAUACAUGCAGUGUUGGGAAAAUGUUUCAUCCCCUUAUACUGAACAUGAAGGGCAACUUUAAUUUAACUACUUCAAUUCGUUGGUUUUUUAAAUUUUCCAUAGACCGAUCUUAAAUAUAACAUCAAUUAUCUUGGUGAAAUCAUUUAAAAAACGAGCAUUCAAAAACCCAAUAACUUACUCUUGUUUAUUCAGACUCGUAGUUAUGGCAUGUAGUUGGCCAAAGAUAUGAAACAGAAAUUGCCCAGAAAAUGGUAGCAAGUUCGACAAAUUUUGGCAAGUUGAAAUAAGGGAAAGAAAAAGAAGUAAAAGGAAAAUGUUUCCAAUGAAAACCUGCUGUGUUUAUUAAUCAAAUCUGAGAUGCCGAUAAUAUAACUAGAUAUGGUAAAUGUAUUGUCUUUAGGUGUUUUUUGCAGAUAUACAUUUAUCAUGUCAACUUCAGUCAAGGUUAAAGCAGAGAUUGAAAUAUGUUCGCUUUUUUUAAUCUGUAUAUAAAAAAAAAAAC